AUGGGUCAAGACAACAACAAGAUCGCCAACGACGGUGAUUCUUCAGACCAGCAGCCCGGCGCCCAACGCCCUUCAGCGGAAUUCUAUAGAGACAUUAGCAAGCAAUUUAUCAACAUGAAAAACGCGUCGCACCCCAAGCCCGCUGCUAAUCCGUCUUCCUCCCGCUCACCAAAUGAAAUUCUGGAGGAUGCCAUCUCAUCGCUGCUGUCGCAACCCGCUGGUCAACAAUCAGGAUCAGCAUUUGGUGGAUAUCCCGGAUUGGCGCCUAAUAUUCAACGUUCAGGCCUGCCACAGGGUAGAGACCAACAGCCCAAUGUCGCUCCGACCCGACACUUGCCAUACCAAGGCGAUGAGAAACUGGAUUGGCUGCGCCGUCUCUACAGCACAGAGAAGUCUGGCGCCAUGUUUGUGACCCACGCACUCAACAGCCAGAGACGAUCGUGCCAGAUGAACGAACACUCCAUGGUUGUGUGGGUUGCUGGUGUUGGUGGGAAAUUUAGUGGUGGCACAAAUGAUCAUGCUAAGGGAACCUGGGCUAUGUGGUUCGGGGGACCUAACAUUGGCAAUGACAUGGAUGGAGGCCCGCCUCCCUUCGGCAGCGUCAAGAUGACAGGAGAUCCGAAGGUCCCGACUUCCAAUGAGAUCAUACUAUUCGCUGAAAUCAUUGGUGCGAGCAACGCGUUGGAAGUUUUGAGCCAUGAAAGUCGCCAGCGAAUCCCCCUGCGCAACAACGAACUCAGAGACAACCGGAACCCCAUCUACAAACGCCACCGCACCAACCAGGCGGUAAUCAUUUCGUCUUCUAAAGAACUGGUCGCUCUCAUUACCGGCAUCUCGAAUAUCCAACUCCUCGAGCAAGUGGAGAAGGCAUUCUGGGCAAUGAAUCGAUUGGUAGAGAGAUUGGAGAACAAAGGCAUUGCUGUCGAAUUCUAUCUAGUUGAUGAAGCAGUGAAUUCAGUUGCUACGGUGCUGGCCGAGAAGGAACAUGAUGGGGCGGUUGAGAAGGCGGGUUUGGUGGAAACUUUGUGA